GCCAAACUUGCAAAGUGAGCCGUAACUCGAACCGUCCAUGGAGUGUUGUGCAUGUGCAGAUGGUGCCAUGUUUGAGGAACAGUACCUCGUUUUUUGCUGUGGCCUCACAUGACUGAGAUUUAGGUGUUUUUUGUUUCCUAACAUCAGCAAAGAAUGAUGCAGAACUGAUUUACUUGAUGCUUUGAUAACUUUUAUUUCUUUGUGGAUAUCUUGCUUGUUCCAGGUGCUUUGGAGAGAAAUGAGCCAUCUAUGACGAGCACAAGGAGCUCAGAUCUGUUUAAGAAGACCAAAAGAAGCUGAAGGAACCUCUGAGUCUUCUCCAAACACCAGGCCUGCCUCAGCAUCUGUCCUGCUUCUCAGCUGCGAUGACUCUUGGCCAACGUGUUCACUGAAAGCUCUUUUCUUUCUUAACAUCUCCGAAGGUUCUGCAGCAGGACUUUUUUUUUUUUUCCUCUCAAAGCAUCCCUCAUCUCUGUGGUCAGAAACAUGGGGGCUACCAGUUAUGGUUAUUACCGCACGGUCAUUUUCACCUCAAUGUUUUUGGGGUACUUGCUGUACUACUUCAACCGGAAAACGUUCUCCUUUUUGAUGCCAUCGGUUAUGGAGGAGAUUGAGCUUGAUAAGGAGGAACUUGGUCUGAUCACGAGCAGUCAGACUCUGGCGUACGCCAUCAGUAAGUUCAUCAGUGGAGUGCUGUCGGAUCAGAUCAGCGCCCGCUGGCUCUUCUCCUCUGGCCUCCUCAUCGUUGGGGCCAUCAACGUGCUGUUCUCUCAGUCCUCCACCGUCACGGCGUUCACCGUGCUCUGGUUUGUGAACGGCCUCGGGCAGGGAUUCGGCUGGCCACCGUGCGGAAAAGUGCUGCGCAAGUGGUUUGAGCCGUCGCAGUUUGGCACGUGGUGGGCCAUCCUGUGCUGCAGCAUGAACCUGGCUGGGAGUUUGGGUCCCAUCAUCACCACGCUGCUGGCUCUGUACUACAGCUGGAGGAGCAUCAUCUGUGCCUCGGGUGUGAUCUGCAUGGCCUUCGCUUUCAUCUGCCUGCUGCUGGUGAAAAAUGAGCCCAGAGACGUGGGUCUGCCCAGCAUCCAGCCUGGCACCAAGAAGGGCAAAGGCAGAAAAGGGACCCUGAAUGAUGAGAGCACUUUUAAAGAGUUCGUGCUCUCUCCAUACCUGUGGGUUUUGUCCUUCGGGUACCUGGUGGUGUUCGGGGUGAAGAUUGCGUGCACCGACUGGGGGCAGCUGUUUCUCAUGCAGGAGAAAGGCCAGUCGGCCAUGAUGGGAAGUUCGUACAUGAGCGCCCUGGAGGUUGGCGGUUUCGCUGGUAGCAUUGCAGCAGGCUUCAUCUCUGAUAGAGCUAUUGCCCGGCAGGGACUUGGUACACAUGGCAACCCUCGGCACACGCUCCUCUUGACCAUGAUGGCGGGCAUGUGCGUGUCCAUGUACCUCUUCCGAGUCACCAUCACUCCAGAUGUCCCAGAAGAAGCUCCACUCUGGGUGAUUGUUCUCCAUCCGGUCUCCGUCCUCACCGGGCUGUCUGAGAAGGAGCUCUGGAUAUUAACUCUCGGUGCUGCUUUUGGAUUCUCGUCGUAUGGCCCGAUUGCGCUGUUUGGGGUGAUUGCGAGCGAGAGUGCUCCCUCGAACUUCUGCGGGACAUCACACGCCAUCGUAGCACUGAUGGCAAACGGUCAUCACUGUGUCACGGCACCGUCCUGGACUCCCAAUGGAAGAUGGAAAGUAGGGCGACCAAAAACAACAUGGCGCAGAACUGUGGAGAAGGAGAGAAAGGAGGCAGGAUGGGGGUCAUGGGACCAAGCCAGAGUUUGUGCAAAGGAUAGGGCGAGAUGGCGCAAAAGUGUGGAGGCCUUGUGCACGACUGAGUGUGAAGAGACGAGAUGGUGUGAUGAUUGCUUCCAGAAUUUGCUGGUAUUUAUUCGAAUCCAUGCUUCCCUCGACCAAUGAAAUGUGCCCUGUGCCACUGGCUGCAACACAACCCCAAAGCAUGAUGGAUCCACACCCAUGCUUCAGAGUUGGAGAGGUGUUCUUUCCUGGAAUUUGGCACCCUUUUUUCUCCAAACAUACCUUUGCACAUUGUGGCCAAAAAGUUCUAUUUUGAUUUCAUCAGUCCGCAGGACUUGUUUCCAAAACGCAUCAGGCUUAUUUAGAUGUUCAUUUGCAAACUUCAGACGCUGAAUUUUGUGGCUAGGAUGCAGGAAAGCUUUUCUUCUGAUGACUCUCCCAUGAAGGUCAUAUUUGUUCAGGUGUCGCUGCAUAGUAGAACAGUGCACCACCACUCCAGGGUCUGCUCAAUCUUUCUGAAGGUCUUUUGCAGUCAAACAGAGGUUUUAUUUGCCUUUCUAGCAAUCCAAUGAGCAGUUCUUUCAGAAAGUUUUCUUCAUCUUCCAGACCUCACCUUGAUCUCCACUGUUUCUGUUAACUGCCAUUUCUUAAUAACAUUACGAUCUGAGGAAACAGCUACCUGAAAACACUUUGCUACGUUCUUGUAGCCUUCUCCUGCUUUGUGAGCAUCAAUUAUUUUAUUAUUCAGAAUGCGAGGGAGUUGCUUAGAGGAGCCCAUGGCUGUUAAUUUUAGGGACAAGUUUGAGGAGUCAGAGAAUUUAUACAGCUUUGAAAUCUGCAUCAUCUGACCUUUCCUAACAAAGAAUUUGAACAAGCCACAGCUCAAUAAGCUAAUUAAGGUCUGGAACCUUGGUAAAAGUUACCUGAGAACUCAAAUGUACUGGGGUGCCCAAACUUUCGCAUGGUGUUCCUUUUCUUUUUUCACUCUCCAAUUGUACAAAACAAAAAUAAUACACAAGUCUUGCAGAAAAUGCUGAAAAGAAAUGUGUCGUCUUUACCUUUAUGCCUUUUGGUGAUCAGUUCAUCUUCUGCUCACUUAACUAUUCACAGUAGCAGACAUUUUCAGUAAGGGUGCCCAAACUUUUGCAUGCCACUGUAAGUGUAUUACAAAGGUAGAAUUGCACGUGUAAGUAUUGCACAGGUAGUAUUGCACAAGUAAGUAGAUAUAUUGCACAAGAGCCAUUUUAACAGCGUGUAGCGAGCAGUUCGCUGUAAAGUACUGAUGCUGAUAGUCAGUGCACACAGUAUACAUUCAGAGGGGUUUCUGUGGAUGUAGAAGUGAUGUGGACAGUAUUGUUGAUUAUUGUGAGGAGCGUCUGGUGCUGUGCUUGGUGACGUGCCGGUUGGACAGUCUCACAGCAGUAGGGAGGAAGGAGCUGCUGUCUCUCUCCUUAACACACCGCAGAUGGAGGAGCCGGUCACUGAAGGAGCUGCCCAGUGCUGCUGCCGUCUCCUGCAGUGGAUGGGAGGUGUUCGCCAUUAAGGAUGACAACUUGGCCAACGUCCUCCUCUCCCCCACUACGUCCACUGAGUCCAGUGCACAGCCCAGGACAGAUCCUGCCUUCCUCAUCAGCUUGUUAAGUUUUUUCCUCUCUGCUGCUUUAAUCACACCGUCAUCAGCAACCAGAGGAGCCUGUUCAGUGACAGAAUGCUCCUUCCCAAGUGCAGGAUGAACAGUGUAGGUACAGUCCGCCAUUUUGUGUCUAAGAACUACAACUCCCAGCCAACUUCCGCGUUGACAUACGUCAUGCCGGGGGUGGGAUUAUCACCACGUCCGCCAUGAAGAGAUAAAUAAUGGAACAAACGCUCAACUCCUCAUCUCUGGCUCUGUGGACUUCAACUCCAAGAGACAAUAAAGAGACCGCUCGCAUUUGCAGGCAAACCUGGGAACAUCUCACUUUUGCAAAGAUCUACCAUCCAGCGCGUUCUGUGUUCACCUCUGGCCAAGGUAAAAAUCCAGAAUAGCGCGAUUUUUAAACUCAACCUGAGUUACAGCCGGCAUUCGUAUUAAAUUGACGUCACGGCUGCCGUUUAAACGCAGUUUUUAAUCCAGCGAUCAGAUUCCUUCUAAACAGCACUGUGCAGAUUAAUUCUGAUCAGAGACUUUUCCUCACGAACGCUGAAGUUCGGACCAAGAAUCCUCUUUUCACCACGUCGGACCCGAGUGCUCCGUCGGACCAGAAAGUUCUCUCUCUGCGCCUCUACAGAAGCAGCUCACGUUUUUCACUCCGGUGAAACUCAGUAAGACUGGCAUUUUUGGGCUUAGUCAUAAUAAUCAGCUUAAUCAUAAGCUUAAUCAUAAUCUUAAUCAUAAUUAAACUAGUCUAGGAAUUAGUUUUAUGAAGUAGUGUGAAUUUUAACUCAUGAACUGUUUAUCUAUCACACUGAAAA